ACGAAUAUCUCAGAAACCCAACCGUUUGGUAUAUUGUGGAUGGCAAGGAGCCGAAAAGGGUCAAUGCUAAGACAAUUCUCAUCUGUUCACCAAAAAGGGAUCACUAUUCCAACUUUGAUAAGUAUCCCGGGGCAACAAUACGGUAUAUGCCAGUAUGGAAUCAGGAAGAGAUCGAUACAUGCAAUGAUGCGAUAUACUAUCACCAGAGAUCGAAGGUUAAACAGCUGUUUCUUAAAUGGGGAGGGAUUCCUCGAUUCGUCUUGGAGAAGGCUAAUGAUCCAGUUCAGCAAAGGAUGCUUGAAGACGCAAUUGCCAGAUGCGAUGAAAGGAUAUUCAGUUAUCUUGGCGAAAGUGAAAUCCAAGAUGAUAUGAGCCACAAGCUUUUCCACAUCUGCACGAACGUCCCCAUCAGGGAAAAUGGGUCUGAAAAUAGUGAAGUCGAAUCUGCCGAAGAGGAACCAUACUAUACACUGAAAACUAUAGCUUUUGGGUCAGAUUAUAUAGGAGGAAAGGUUACUGAGAAACUCAAAACAUUCAUAUCGGAUAGAAUACGCAUAGAAUUGGAAGUAAACUUGGCAAUGGGUGUAGGUAAUCCAUUCUUAGGUACCUGUUUUGAGCAGGUUGCUCACCGAAUUUUGCGCAAAGGUGGAACCUUCAACAUUCGUUCUUUAGAUGACCAUAAAGAAUACACUAUAAAUUUGGAUCAACAAAAUGACAUACUGAUGUUUUCUGCAAUUGAUCAGAUUGAAGAUAACAAGUACUAUCAACCAGAAAGUAGAACUUUUCCAUCGAUUGAUGCAAUUAUUGCUCCUAACAUACUCUUCCAGAUGACAAUUACUAUGACCCAUCCCAUUAAGAUGAUUGGUCUCAAAAAACUAAAAGAUUGUAAGAAGUUGGUGAAGAAAGGUGAUAUUAACUUUUAUUUUGUUGUACCCACACAGUUGUACAAUAAUUACCCAAAGCAGGACUUUGCUACCACUGCUAGUGGUAUUGCCCAGAUGAUACCAGAUUGGAUUAAAACUCAUGUCCAGCAAUAUGCUUUGAAAAUUGAUUUGACCUCUGAAAAUUCAUCAAAAAGUGGAUAUGCCAGUGGGAACCCUGGAUCUGGAUCUGGAAAUAUUGGUGGGAGCUCUAGAUCUGGAAAAGCACAAAAGCAUACCUGGAGGAAAAAUGUAAAAUAA